AUGAUCAAAGGAGAAGAUCCCCACGUGUAUAUAUGUGACAACACUGGGAUGUUGCAACACAAGUUUGAACAUCACUCAAGUUGGCGACUCAGCUUGGGUAUUUCCGAGCAGGAUAAAAUCAUCACACUAUCAGACGAUGGCAAGGCUAUGGUCAUAUUCUCCGAGGAAGGAAAUUUGAAGUCGACAGUAAAACUACCAGAAGGUCACGAGAUCUUUGGAGUAGCGUAUCAUUAUGCCAUUCGUAAAAUAAUUGUUUUAGCCUGUUCAGACAAAAACAAUUCCUACUUCCUUCUGUGCUACACUGAAGCAGGCGAUCUGGAGACCUCGACGUUCUUGCGUAAGAGAAUUGACCAGGAACGUAUCAAUAUCACGUCCCAUCCAAGUGGUCCAGUUGCUGUUGUUACGGACAAAAGCAUCACCUUUAUUUAA